UUCGUCUUAAGACAGUCAAAGGAUAGCACGUAACUUUUUUUUUAAACUCAAAGCACCAGAUCAGCUACCGCACAUUUUUUAUCGAGUGUUUCGUUUGUUCGUUAAAGUGAUCAUCAAAAAGUAGUUAGAAGAAUUGGAUUCAAUUGGACAUUGUUGUAGAUAAAUCGUACAGUACGAGAAUCAAAUUUUGAUUGAUUGCAAUCGAAUUGUGUGAGAAUUUAAAUCUUCUUUCGUUUCUGUGUACCACGAAUAAUAGAACUUUGAUGAAGUGAAUGUUGAACGAAAAAAUAUUUGUUUUCUACCAUUGAGCAUACAAAUCAUAAUCACGAAACAAUAAAAUGAGUUCGGCGUACAUGCAUUACCACACACCGUACUACAAUACCACACACAGCUACUAUGACUACAAUCAGUACAAUUUGCCGGCUAAUUCAUCGUAUUCAAGUGGCAGUGAUCGAUCGUCUGAAGGAUUUAACAGUCCCACCCCAUCCACCACACCCGAUUCACAACUAACGCUCAGCCCGAACUUCUACCAAGAAUUCCACCACCAACAACCAACAGCCGCCGAAUUUACACAAAUUAAAUUAGAAGACUAUCAACCAAAAAUUAGCACCACCACGUCACUCAGCGCACCACAACCGGCUCCGUAUCAGCUAAGCAAUAAAUUUCCAUCAUCCAAAUCGCGAAUUUGUCAUUCGAAUAGUCCGGCACCCGAAAUACUGAAACGACGAAGAUUAGCUGCAAAUGCAAGGGAACGCAGACGGAUGAACAGUUUGAACGAUGCAUUUGAUAAAUUGCGUGAUGUUGUGCCAUCGCUGGGCAAUGAUCGGAAAUUAUCGAAAUUCGAAACGUUACAAAUGGCCCAGACGUACAUAGCAGCAUUGAAUGAACUGCUGAAACGAGACUGACACUUGAACUUAUGCAAUGAUUACAAUUAAGUAGUGCGAUUUUAGCUAACUAAAUUAUUGAAGUGAAAAAAAGACAAACAUUUUUGGAGAAUA